GAAAUGGUGAUGGAGAAGCCCAGUCCCCUGCUGGUAGGGCGGGAGUUUGUGAGACAGUAUUACACACUGCUCAAUAAAGCACCAGACUUUCUGCACAGAUUUUAUGGACGAAACUCAUCCUACGUCCAUGGCGGACUGGAUUCGAAUGGGAAACUUUCAGAGGCAGUCUAUGGGCAAGCAGAGAUACACAAAAAGGUUAUGUCCUUGCAGUUCAGCGAAUGCACACUAAUCCGGCAUGUGGAUGCCCAUGCCACGCUGAGUGAUGUGGUUGUUCAGGUGAUGGGAGAGCUUUCCAAUAAUGGACAGCCCAUGAGGAAAUUCCUACAGACAUUUGUGCUGGCCCCAGAGGGUUCUGUCGCAAAUAAGUUUUAUGUCCACAACGACAUCUUCCGAUAUGAGGAUGAGGUCUUUGGGGACUCUGAGGCUGAGCUUGAUGAAGAGUCGGAAGAAGAGACUGAUGAGCCAGAAGACAGACAACCAUCGCCUGAACCCCUCCAGGACAGUCCCAGUAAUGCCAACUGCUAUGAACCCCAUCCUGUGAGCUGUAACAAUGGUGUGGAAGAAGCUCAUGAGGAAGCAGUUAUGGACCUAGAGUCUGAAGUUGCUCCAGAUCCCAAGAUUGAAGAGCCCAAGCUCAAGGUAGAGGAGAAGGUUGUAGAGGAGUUUGAGGAGAAAGCCCUGUCUCCUGUUCCACUGGAAUCACCUCCCAACAUACAAGAACCGCCAAAAACCUCUUCUUGGGCUUCUGUAACCAGCAAAAAUCUGCCUCUUAGUGGAACUGUUCCAUCUGCUGGAGGUCAACCACAUGUUGUUAAAGCACCAAACACACAGCCCAGAGUUGAGACCAAGCCAGAGGUGUCGUCAGCUUCAAUCCGUCCACGUGACCAGCGGAUCCGUGACAGACCUCCAGUAACCUCAAGAGGGCCUAGAUCUGAUGGUGUCUCAUCCUCUGAACCUCAAGCUGGAAAACCACAUUUUAGCUUUGUAAAUAAAGGAAGGGCUGAUGAGUCGAGUGAAAUGGACAGUAGGAGGGUGGUCCGCUAUCCAGACAGUCAUCAACUGUUUGUUGGAAAUCUCCCUCAUGACAUUGAUGAGAGUGAACUCAAAGACUUCUUCAUGACUUUUGGAAAUGUUGUUGAGUUGCGAAUCAACACCAAAAGCACUGGAGGAAAGAUUCCCAACUUUGGCUUCGUUGUCUUUGAUGACUCAGAGCCAGUGCAAAGAAUUUUGGGAGUCAAGCCAAUCAUGUUCCGUGGAGAAGUUCGUCUGAAUGUUGAGGAGAAAAAGACGAGAGCGAUGCGUGAGAGGGAAACCCGAAGUGGAGGAGGAGACGAUCGUCGAGAUGUAAGGCGCAGUGAUCGGGGGCCUGGUGGUCCGCGGGGCAUCGCUGGAGGAAACAUGAUGCGAGAGCGAGACGGCAGAGGCCCGCCUCCACGUGUUGCCACUGUACCCAAGCCAGGCUUGGCUUCCGGAAGGGGCUCUGGUUCCAAUGAGAACCGUUUUACUGCUCAGAGGCGUUGAGAGGAGCUCCCCUGUAGUUUGGAAGUAGUACGAUCUUCAUUUAUUCUGAUAUUGAGAAGUCUAUGUAAAAAGCAUAUACAUACUUCAGGUUUUUUUUUUUUUUUUUAAUAAUCUUUUUGUUUUACACUUGCAUUUUUGCCUUUGGAAUGUCUGCUGUUUCCGGUGAAGCAGUUCAACGACUUGAACAACCUAAUGACUCAUAACACACUAUUCACUUUAAAUUAGAAUCGUGCUGCAAAUCCUCUGGUUUGUUAAUUAUCAAAUGGAAACAUUUGCAAACUUUGUGGGGGAAACAAGGUGUUUUAGUGCCGUAAGAAGUUUAACUGCUCUGUGGCAUUUUGGAUUUAAUAACCUUCUAGUUUCUGUAAACUGUGCAGAUGGAGAGAUGGCCCUUUCUUUUCCUUAUAUUGAUUUUGCUUAAUUUUUCAGGCUAGCCUUUAAACCAUAUUGUUUUAAAUAAUUACACUGAAUAGCUCAUUAAUAAGCUAAAGGCUACCUGAAGUUGUUACUGUGAGCUAACACGAUUUCAGCUUUACAAAACUGUAAAGAAGGACAAGAAAUGAUUUAAGUUUGUAAUCUGAAAAAAAAAAAAAACGUAUGGGAGGAGAAAAGACAUUGUCCUCUCCAAUUCUGUUUCUAUAUAAUUCUUUCUUUUUAUUGUACAGGUUUGACAGCAUUUUAUGUUCUGUGUCUGCCUGAAAUAGUGAAUGGAGCAGUAAUAGAUGCGUUUGUAAAGGUACCAUGAUUUUUGUGCAAAUGCGUUUCAGAUUUGAAUGUUUUUUUCUUAAGGCAGAGUCACUUUAUGAAAUUUAAAUUCUUAAUCUCUUUUUUUAAAUCAGUUUUCAUAACCUAAAUCUCAUUUUGUGAUGUGCAUUUCAGUUUACAUCCAAGCCAUUGUUCGUUUUUUCAUGACAGUAUUCAUACAGGGUACAGAGAAACCUUGCUGGUGUAUUUCUGAUUGUCCCAAAUAGACUUGUUUUGCAUUCAAACUGAAGUUAUUGUUAUCAAUAGCAUUUUAAAAACCGUACUGAUUAGAAAAAUAGUUUGAAACACAUGAGAUGGAAGAGGCUUCAUUAAUGUACGUUUUAUACAUUUGUGUUUCCAAGUAGAGUUUUUAUUUUAAUAUCUGCACCAAAUGUCCUUUUUUGUCUGUCAUAAUGAGGAAUCCGUAAUGCCGUUUCUCAUGAAUUGGAGGAACGACAGUACGAUACAGUGGAGUAGACACUGUUUUCUUUUUACAGUGGUACUCAAAAGUCUAAAUUUGCACUGAUUUUGUAAGUACAGUUUGAUGUAGCGAUAUUUUUGAUGUUUAAUGUCUUCCGUGUCAGGUAGAUUGCACUAUUUGCAGUAUUUCUAGGACAAUCCUCAUCAGGGACAUUGCAUUUUUGAUUUGUUCAUUAGUUUUGGGGACAACUUGUUCUGCACACAAAGACAUUUUGGUUACAGAUACUUUUACUAUUUGGAAGAUUUUGGAGGACAGUAUAUCAGUAAUUCCUGCCUAGAGACUUCUUUCCCCAUCCAUUCUACCUAGCUCGUACAUGUUCUCAGUUUGGGAACUGGUACGUUUUAAUUACUGUGUAAAUAAAUGCCACAAUGGCCUUUCUGUUUAGACUUAAAGCACUUCAAUCAGCCAAAUACGUUAAACGUUUGAUUCGCAGGGGAGAAAAAAAAGAAGACAUUACACAAUAGGGCUUGGUCAAAUAACUGUGCUUUUCAUCCCAAAAUAUGUAUCAGACUUCUGAUUUAUUUUGUUUAGUUCAUAAUCAGAUUCCUUUAACCCUCUAAUCCCAAUGCAAACUGUUUUGAUUGGUUUCCGUGCAGUUUCUCUAAAGGUUAUUAUAGCAGCUCUGUUCGUUGAUGUGGUUUUAUUUUGGUGGAACAAGAACAUGGACUUGUAUUAGCGGAUGGCUAACAUAUUAUUUUACUUGGACUGCAUAUUUGUGUGAGUAGAAUACGUUGCAGCUGGGUGUUUAUUUAUUCCGUUUUAUAAUUUUUCUUUCAUUUUCAUUCAGUUUCAAUGUGUUAGACUUCACAUACAAUAAACAGAAAUCUGUGCUGUUCA